AUCCUUCCUGAGUCGCUUCGCUUCGUUUCCUCUGUUCAGACUCUUUUCAAACUUCAUUUAAGUUUCCUGCUGUAUAUUUUGGAUUUUUAUGUAGCAUAAAUGCCGAAACCUUCGUCAAAAUAUUCGGGUUACGUCGCUGUCUGCGUUCAUUGCUAGGCGAUGGACGAGAAGCAGAUCCAGGUGAGUGACGAAGAGCCCAAAGUCGUGCAUGAAGAGACCCGGAGGAGGAGGCGAAAGAAAGCCAUAAGCUCGUCGACCGGCACAUCCAUGGAUCAGAUCAGUGUGGAGUUUGUUAUGCCCACUGUGGUGCGGGGCGGGAGCAGCCUUGACACUCUGCAGAUGGAGGUGGCUGGAAACUGGACGGUGGAACAGGUGAAAGCUCAGGUGUGGAUGAAGGCGGUGACUCAAAACCUCUGUCCUGACUUCUACCAGAGACUUUCCCCGGACCACUGCAUCCUGCUCUACCAGAAGAAAGGCACCACGUGUGAGAUCUAUGAUAAACAUCAGGUCUUCCAGACACUGGACUGCAUUCGCUACUGGAGAGCUUUAAAGAAAGACACGGGCCGGAUCCAGAUGGUUCCCCGCCCUCAGCCCUCAGAUGAGUCCCUGCAGUAUCAGCGCUACCUGAACUACCUGAUUGGCUAUGAUGUGACUGACGUUAGCAAUGUACACGAUGAUGAGCUGGAGUUCACACGCAGGAAGCUGCUGACGCCACGACGCAUCGAGCUGUCGGACCGAGACAGAAAGCUUUACUCCAUGGACCCAUGGGUGACCCGCAAGCCACUGCCUGAACACCUGCUCAGCAAGGUCGGUAAUGGUCACAUCCUGGUUGUGAUCCACAUCAGCACAAUCAGCCAGACCAUCAAAGUCUCCAUCGACGACACUCCUGCACAGGUAUUGACAAACUUUUUCACCAAAAUAGCAAACAAGAGAGUUUUGCUAGGCAUCCCUGAAAACAUGUGUGAGGCCGACUUUGUGUUACGAGUGUGUGGAAGGGAGGAAUAUCUGUAUGGAGAUAAGCCGCUGCAGAACUUUAACUGGAUCCGUCAGUGUUUAAAGAACGGAGAGGAGAUCCAUCUGGUUCUGGAGAAGCCUCCUGAUCCAGACCUGGAUCUGGUCCAGAAGGAAGACUGGGCCCAGGUGGAUGACUGCACAGGAGUCGCAGGAACCCAUGAGCAGUUGACCAUCAACGAGAAGGACCAUGAGCGAGUUUUCACCAUCUCCAUGUGGGACUGUAACAGGAAAUUCAGAGUCAAGGUGCUGGGCAUUGACAUCCCAUCCCUACCAAAGAUCCCAGAUUUUAUUGUCUUCAUUGAGGCUAGCAUCUUCCAUGGCCAGCAGCUUCUAGCUCAGGAAAGGACGACCUCUAAAACCUUCAAUGAAGAGGUGCUGUGGAACUGCUGGCUGGAGUUUAACAUUAAGAUCAAGGACCUGCCCAAAGGAGUGCGCCUCAACCUCCAGGUGGUUUGUGGGAAGCAUCCUCAGACAGCAAACCCUAAGGGCAGCACGGCCUACCAGGAUAACACAACAGGGACAGGCUGCCAUGAUGGAAAGACCAAGACUCGCCUCCUGUACUACGUCAACCUUCUCCUGAUCGACCACCGCUCUCUGCUCCGCCAGGGUGAGUUCAUCCUCCACAUGUGGAAAAUGCCAGAGAAGAGCGAGGAGAGCAGCAGCAGCAUCAACGCAGACAAGCUGACCUCAGCUACCAACCCGGACAAGGCCUCCAGCAUGGCCAUCGCCAUUUUACUGGACAAGUAUUGCUACCCAGUGGUGCUGCCAAAGAGUCGAGACCUCAGCCGGGAUGUGGGAGGUGAGGAGGCUGAAGGAGGGGAGCGAGGUCGGAGAGAGAUGCCGAAUCAUCUGAAGAAACAGUUUGGGGCCAUUGUGGCCACUGACCCCCUGCAUCCGCUUAGUCCAGAGGACAAAGAGCUGCUGUGGCACUUCAGACAUGAGUGUAUGCGCAACCCAAGGGCCUACCCAAAGCUCCUGGGCUCAGUCCGAUGGGGUAAACAAGAGGACGUGUUGGCAACACAUCGGCUGUUGGAGCGCAGCAGUGCGUGGGACAGCAGUGGUCUGGAUGUGGGUUUGGCCAUGCAGCUGCUGGACUGUCACUACUCAGAUGCUCAGGUUCGCUCCAUGGCUGUCAGGAAGCUGGAGACUCUGGAGGACGAUGAUGUGCUCAGAUAUCUUCUGCAGCUUGUACAGGCGGUGAAGUUUGAGCCUUACCAUGACAGCGCCCUGGUCAGGUUCCUGCUGAAAAGAGCUCUGAGGAGCAAGCGUAUCGGUCAUUUUCUCUUCUGGUUCCUGCGCAGUGAGAUUGCUCAGUCUAUGCACUACCAGCAGAGGUAUGCUGUCCUGCUGGAGGCCUACCUCAGAGGCUGCGGUGAGGACAUGCUGCAGGACUUCAGGAAACAGGUGGAGAUGACUGAGACUUUGCAGAAAGUCACCAGAGAGAUGAAGGCAACAUCUGCUGACAAGUACGACGUGACUGCACAAGUGGUGUUUCAGUUGCGUCAGAAACUAGAGACUCUGCAGCUACCGCAGAGUUUCAGGGUCCCGUAUGAUCCCGGACUCAGAGCUGGAGCCCUGCUGAUUGAGCAGUGUAAAGUAAUGGCAUCUAAGAAGAAGCCACUGUGGCUGCAGUUUAAAAGGGCCGACCCCACCACGCUGUCCAAAGACCCCAUCGGCAUCAUCUUUAAAGACGGAGAUGACCUCAGACAGGAUAUGCUCAUCCUACAGAUUCUUCUCAUCAUGGAGUCAAUCUGGGAGACUGAAUCCCUGGAUCUCUGCUUGUUACCGUACGGCUGCAUCUCCACUGGGAACAGAAUAGGUAUGAUUGAGAUCGUGAAGGACGCCACCACCAUCGCUAACAUCCAGCAGAGCGUUGUUGGAAGCACCGGAGCCUUUAAAGAUGAAAUCCUCAAUCAGUGGCUGAGGGAGAAGUGUGUCAGCGAGGAGAAGUUCCAGCAGGCUGUGGAGAGGUUUCUGUACUCCUGUGGCGGCUACUGUGUGGCGACCUAUGUCCUGGGUAUUGGGGAUCGCCACAAUGAUAACAUCAUGAUCACUGAAUCUGGGAACCUCUUCCACAUUGACUUUGGCCACAUCCUGGGGAAUUAUAAGAGUUUCAUGGGGAUCAGUAAGGAGUGGGUUCCCUUUGUGCUCACGCCAGACUUCCUGUAUGUCAUGGGAACGUCGGGAAAGAAAAGCAGCGCCCAUUUCCAGAAAUUCCAGGAUGUGUGUGUGAAAGCUUACCUGGCUCUCCGGCACCACACCAACCUGCUCAUCAUCCUCUUCUCCAUGAUGCUGAUGACUGGCAUGCCCCAGCUGACCAGUAAGGAGGACAUCGAGUACAUCCGUGAAGCGCUCACUGUUGGGCGCAGCGAGGAUGAGGCACAGCGCCACCUCCUGGACCAGAUUGAGAUCUGCAGGGAAAAGGGCUGGAUGGUUCAGAUCAACUGGUUUGUUCACCUGGUGCUGGGGAUCAAGCAGGGUGUGGAGAAACGGUCCACUUAGGACUCCGUUUAACUCGGAAAGAUGAGGGAUUCAGCCUCAUCCUGCAAAAUAUUUAGAAAGAAUUUCUGCUUUUCAAUGCAAAUAAGUGCGUUACAAAAAAUCAUGGAAGAAAAAAGUCCAAGUAAGUUUACAAAUAGGUGAGAGUAAAUUUUAUGGAAUCACUGCUAAAACAGCUGUUUCAAAAGACUGUAGAAAAAAACAGUGUUUAAUUUAUCAACAAUCAUGUGACUGUUCCCAACGCACAGACCAAGUUUAACCAUUCCAAAAUAUCAUACGGAGGAAACCUCAAUGCUUUAAGCUAUUUUACGGAUGAAAAUGUUCUCAAUCUUCUUUACCAAUUCAAACAUUCAAUGAUGAAUUUGACUGAUAGAGUUCUGUUAUAAAAGUGAGUAAAUAGACCGUGUUUCCUAAAGGAGGCAAACUGGUCUCUGUACCCUCCUUCCUGUUACAAUCUGCCUCGUUUAAAGUAAUUUCCUGCUGAGGAAACACGUUUCUGCAAACUUCCUCCUCAUUGUUAACAUUUAAAUGCACAUGCAUUUGUGUGUCACACUGGUGUUAAUCUUUCACUGAAGCUGGACUGCACUGGUUUUUGUUAAAAGAAGAGCUGUUAGCUGAGUCUGCGCUAUCAAAAUGUUUCAAAAUAAGAUUUUUACUGUAUUUAAGGAUUUACUGAAUUUGUUGGAUUCUCCUGGCAAAAGAGUGGGGAUAGCACAGUGCUGAUAAAAUGCUGAAUUUGAGAGAUUAUUGUUUGUAUUUAUUGUUGUCCUCCUGCCUUUUAACUUCCUACACGUACUUAAAUUUUGUGCUAGUAGUGUUUAAAUUCAUUAAGAUGUUACUGUAACUUAACCCUCUGCUGUCGUUAUGGACAUUUUUGUCUAAGUAAAUAAUUUUCCACUAUUUUUGCAAUCAUAUAAGCUUGUCUAAGGUUUUUUUCUCUAGAUUUUUAGAGUCUUAUUUAUUUAAAGAAAAAGAUCCGCAACACACUGUGUACAAAUGUACUUCCCUUUAAGUUCAUUAAAGACACAAAGGCCCACUUAGGAGAUGUACGAUAUUAGAUUUUUGCCAACAUACGAUAUGCUGAUAUUUAUGAAAUGAUUUUUGCUGACACCGAUAUCACCACUGAUAUUUAAAUGUAGUUCAGACCAAAAACUUCAGUUCUGAAAACCCAAUUCAGUGUUUACCAUUUUAACACAAUCUCAACUUGAUGAAAUGAAAACUAUUUUUUAACUUUGACUUACUGUAUAAGAUAUACAGGCCCCUCAAAAAGUAUUGGAACAGCUGGCCCAAUUCCUUUAUUUUCACUGUAGACUAAAAAACAUUUGGGUUUGAUGUCAAAGAUGAAUAAGAGACAAUAGAUCAACAUUUCAGCUUUUAUUUCCAGGUGUUUAUGUCUGGAUCUGAUACACAACUUAGGCGAUAGCUUUAUUUGUAAUUGAACACCACAUUUUUAGGUGAGCAAAAUUAUUGGAACAGAGGCUUCGUUCACACUGCAGUUAAAGUGACCUGAAUCAGAUAUUUU